GCGGCGGCGGCCGCGCCCGUGGCUCAGGAUGCGGCCGGGAGGCGCGCCGCUCGCUCUGCUCGCCAGCCUGCUGCUGCUGCUCCCGCUGCGCCUGCUCUGGGGCUCCUUGGCCGCGCCCGCGCGCUCCAGGCUGUCUGUGGAGGAAAGCAGGGAGGCCACGCACAGCACCACCGCCGCGAGGCGGACGCUCAGGAGCCCGGCGACCCCGCCGCCGCGCCCCACGAACAGCCCAUAUCUGAAUGAGAACACGCUCCAGCUGACAGAGAGAUGCAAAGAUCUGCAAGAUGGAUUUGAGGCUUUAUCUAACAAAACAAAAUGGUAUUCAGAGAAUGACUAUCUUCAGAUUAUCACAAACAUACAGAGCUGUCCAUGGAAACGACAAGCAGAAGAAUAUGAGAAUUUCAGAGCAAAGCUUGCUUCCUGUUGUGCUGCUGUUCAGAACUUCAUUGUUUCUCAAAAUAACACUCCAGCUGGGACUAACAUGAGUUAUGAGGUGGAAAGUAAAAAUGAAAUCCUGAUAAGAGAGAACAUUUUUAAUAUGUUUCCAGUGUCUCAGCCGCUCGCCGAGUACCCGUAUGGUAGGUGUGCAGUGGUCGGAAACGGGGGCAUCCUGAAUCAGUCUCUCUGCGGAGCCGAAAUUGACAAAUCCGACUUCGUUUUUAGGUGUAACCUCCCCCCAACCACUGGAAAUGUUAGUAAAGAUGUUGGCAGGAAAACCAAUAUUGUGACUGUAAAUCCCAGUAUCAUAAAACUGAAAUACGGGAAUUUAAAAGAAAAGAAAGCAGUAUUUCUGGAGGACAUUGCAACCUAUGGAGAUGCAUUUCUUCUUCUGCCAGCAUUUUCCUUCAGAGCCAACACUGGUUCCUCUUUUAAAGUGUAUGAUGUGCUGAAGCAAUCUAAAGCAAGACAGAAGGUUAUAUUUUUCCAUCCCAAGUACCUGAAAAAUCUUGACCUUUUCUGGAGAACUAAAGGUGUGACAGAGUAUCGCCUGUCCUCCGGCUUGAUGAUCACAAGUGUGGCAGUUGAACUGUGUGAAAAUGUGAAGCUGUAUGGAUUUUGGCCCUUCUCUAAAACUGUAGAAAACACACCUGUCAGCCAUCACUACUAUGACAACAAUUUACCUAAGCGUGGCUUCCAUGAGAUGCCCAAAGAAUAUAGCCAAAUUCUCCAACUUCACGUGAAAGGAAUCCUCAAAUUACAGUUCAGCAAAUGUGAAAUAGCCUAAGCAAAGUGUCAUGAAGUGGGAAUGUUUUUGAUAUAGUGCAGCCGGCGAGUAACAAUGUUUCUGGACCGUGAAAGAGGUGGUUGUAGAGGACUAUAGGAAGAGCCCCCGAACAUGGUCUGAUCAGAGCUCCCAACUACGCUUGCAACCUCAGCAACUCGCACAUUUGUUCUGGUCUUCAGUCCCGCUCCCUGUCAAAUAAGGAUUGUGGUAUCUAACUCAUAUUAAGAAAAUGUGAAAACUCUUGGCAGAGUACAGGUAGAGUCUCAGUGAAUAUUUCCUUGUUGGUAUUUAUGACAGCCAAAUCGAGCCCUCAGCAGACCGAUAAUGAAAGGCAGGCCAUCUGAAAGACCCUUUCACUAGAGAACAGACAAAUUGUCAGUAUUCCCGGGGGUUCUUUCUCUGGCAGGCCUAUUAUCAAUAAUGUCCAUCUCAUCUUUCUUCCUGUCUUAAAGUGUGUGUAGAAGAAAAUUAUGUAUUUAAGAAACCAUUGAUAUUCAGGAGUGAAAUCCUUCUCUUUGUAUGGUAAUAUGCCUGCCGCUAAUUACCUUCACUUGGGUCUUAGCUGAGAUGAUACAUUGGUUGGAUUUAGGCCAGUUCUUUCCCUCCUUUAUCUACACCUUUGAGUCACUCUUUAUAAUUCAUAUUAACUUCCUGCCUUGCUCUUAAAUCUUUUCCUCUUCCACUGACAGAAUCUCUUUCAAGGACGUGAGUAUGUACCACACCUGGGUUUUCUUACUUCUUGUCUCUGGGGUCACAUGUUCAUUUUUUUCUUUUUUGAGUUAGUGAACAGCUACUUCAUGCCAGACCCUCUAACAGGCUCCAUGGGGGAUAUAAAAGUGACUCGGGCCUGCAGGAGGAGACAGAUGUGCACGUCAUCAAUGAUACAGGGUGAUAAAUAUUAUUACAGAAGUUGUGAAGAGUACUAUGAGGAACAGAGGCAGGAAUAGUUAAUCGAUUUCAGUGGACUCUGUUUCAGAGAAGAGGUGAUUUCUGAAUAGAACCUAGGAAAUAGAUAAGGUUUUACCACAUGAAGAAGAUUCUAGAAGGAGAGAAUAUAAUAGGGGAAAAAACUGUCCCCACCAUUCUAAUUCAUCAAAAUCAGGAUAUCUGAAGUAAAAUCAUGGUCUUUACUUCAAAAACUGCCAUCAAGGGUAGGAUAUAUCAUACAGGUGGUGGCUUGGGCCCACAUCUGUGAAAUGGGAAUAGAUUGACUUGCUUGGUCUCACAGGAAAGCUGUAAGGAUUAAAGCACACCAAAACUUAAUUCUCAUAAAGAAAGGUAUAUGUUUACCUGAGAAGUAAGACUAAUAAUUUAAACAAAAAUAUAAAAUAAGGCUUAAGUAGAUGACUAUUACCAUUUUCUCACCACUCCCUUACAUUAUAAUAAAACCUGUUAAUAUAGCUCAUCCCUGUGUACUGAAUAAUUUAUUUGACUUCAAUAAGUAAUUGUGUGCAUACUUUCUUGCUCAUCUUAAUAUCAUUGAAAGAAGAGCAGAACAAGAAGUAGAGCAGACUGGGCAGCAUCCUGAAUUACAAAUAUAAAUCUGAAUUCUUACCUUAGCCAAAUUACUGUUCUACUAAAUGUUCACUUGUCAGAGCACUCUGCUCUAAAUUGUUUUGAUAAAGUACAUCUUUAAUUUGGUUGUAGUUGACAUUUGUGAUGCAAUCUUACUUCACAUUUUCAUUUGUUCUUUCAUAGCAAAUGAAACCUAUUAGCUCCGUUAAUUGAUUAAAAGUUCAUAUAUAAGUAUUGUCCAAAAGAAACAUGCUUUUAAGUUACAUUAAGUGUAAUUCAUUUAUCUUUUGUGUUGAUGAAUAAGUGGAUACUUCUUACUACUUCUAAUGGAUUUAAUUAGUUUUUAAAAAUCAUCUAGCAAUAUUGGUAAUGUCUUUUAUGUCACUAACAAUGAAUUAUAAAAAUAGAUAAGAACACUAAUAUUUUAUAAUUAGUAAAAUGUUUCACUCACAGUGUUUCCUGAGUAGAAAACUUAGUUUUCUUUUUUGAUGACACUGCACAUAUGUGAUUGAUGAGUAAAAGUAAUAGAAUAUACUGAAUAAAUCAUUAAAUAUACAAUGUGGAGAUUGUAAGUUAUUUUAAUAAAAAUUACAUGACUAGGACAUUUAGCACUUACUUAGGUUUUUCCUGCAUAGCUUUCUAUUUUAACUUGAGAAAUUUUCUCUAGAAUAUCAAAACAGAAUCUUCAAUGUCACUGAUACAAAGUUCAGAAAUAUUCAAAAUGGUAUAGGAGCAGUGCCCUAGUGAUAUGCAUGAUCUUGUAAAGGUUCAGUAGGAAAAAUUUAAGUUUUGGAGAAAAUUGUAGACCUUUCUAGAUGAACACAGCCACGGUUGUUUUUUUGUCCAACAUUUUUAUCACUAUGUUGGAAUUUUACAACAGUCCCAGCAAGCUACAUGAUAACCGAAAGUCUUUG